AUGAAUUGGAUUACCUGGGCCGUCGUACCCAUCUUCAUAUUCGGCAUGUGGCUCUACACUUCACAGCUUGCCCGGUCGUUUCCAACGUUACAAGGCAAACGGAUCCUACUCCUGAUUGCCCAUCCGGAUGAUGAAGCCAUGUUCUUCGCACCUACGCUAUUGGCAUUGACGCGUCCGGAGCUUGGUAACCACGUGAAAAUCCUGUGUCUCAGCAGUGGUGAUGCCGAUGGGCUGGGCGAGGUCAGAAAGAAGGAGCUUGUCAAGAGCGGUUUGCAGCUCGGAUUACGCUCAGCAGACGAUAUACUUGUCAUAGAAGACACCAACUUCCCAGAUUCCAUGACAGUGACAUGGCAUCCACGCUUGAUUUCGAAUCUUUUAACCACAACAUUUGCCCCCAAGAUGGCCUCUAUCUCUUCAAAGCAAGCUCCACAGGCCAACAUUGACGCUAUCAUCACAUUUGAUGCUCAUGGUAUCUCCUCGCAUCCCAACCACAUAUCGCUGUACAAUGGCGCGCACGCGUUCCUGAAAGCACUCAUGCACCGUCACAGUGGCUGGGAUUGCCCGAUAAAGCUUUAUACUUUGAGCACGACAUCUAUUUUGCGGAAAUAUCUUGCCAUAUUGGAUGCUCCAGCUACAAUGGUUGGCGCCGUGAUCCGGAAAAAGGAGCUUGGUGGCUUUCCGACCCCUCUAGUGUUCGCUAGUUCACCGGUCGGGUACAGGACCGCACAAAAAGCUAUGGCUACCGCGCAUGAGAGCCAAAUGAGAUGGUUCCGGUGGGGUUGGAUCACAGUCUCCCGCUACAUGGUGCUAAACGAUCUGAAGAAGGAGAAGACGUUGUAG